CGGGCGGGCUGAGGGGCCGGAUGGCGCCGGCCGGGCCCGGGCCGCUGUCACCGUGCGGGGCUAUCGGGGCAGAGAGGGGUUGGUGUCACAGUCCUGGGCCAUCGGGACGGAAAAGGGCCGGUGUCACAGCGCGGGUUCAUCGGGGCGGAAAAGGGCCGGUGUCACAGUUCGGGGCUAUCGGGGCGGAGAGACGCCGGGCCCGCCCUGCCGGUUGCUGUGGUUUGCUCUCAGCCCUCGGUGUUUACCCCACGAUCGACAUCUUCCUCUCAGGCAAGGCUUUAGGCCUGAAGGUGAAGCAGCCACAGCCCGACCUGCUUAUCUACGGUUGAAAAGAUGGGGAAUGCAGAAAGCAAUGCCUAUCAGAAUCACCUUUCCAGAUUUCUUCCUGAGGAGCAGUCUGACAUUGAUGGACUAUUCGAUACCUUAUCAGGAUCUAGUGGCUCAGCUGGAGCAAAAAAUGCCAAAGCUACAAAGAAAACUGUGACUCUGGCAGCACUACAGGCACACACUCGGGAACCACUGCCAGAGCCAAUGACUGUUCGGUUGUACAAUGGCAUGAAAAGCAUUGACCUGCCUGGMAAAUCGUCUGGGCUGAGUGAACAGAUUGCUAAGGAGCAGUUUGUAAUUUUUAUGUCAAACCUCUUAAAAGGAAAUGCGGAUGAGAAGAUUAGCAUCAUAAUGAGAAUGAUCUCCAAGACAGGAGGGCCCCUGAAGGGCAAACAAAUCCAAGAGUUCACAGAGGAUCUGAUCACRUCUGUAGUCCAUGUACUGAGCUACAGGAAGGAACUGAAAGGUUGGAGUUUGGAGAAUACGAGGGAUUUUUCAAGUGGAGUCAAAGCUUUGGCUUCUGAGCUGCUCUCAGAAUUGAAGCUUCCAGAUGGGACAAAACCUGUGGGUUCUCAGCUGCUGGAGACAAAUUUUGAUCAAAGUGUCAUUGAGGAUUGGGUGUACCGAGUUCCCCAGAUCUCYGUUUUCCUCAGUGUUGUCAUCAGGCAAGGCCUCCAUGUCCUSCAUUCCCUCCCAGACCAAACCAACGACAUCCUCAACCUGGUUCCCCACUGCAAAGGUGUCAAAGGGAGAGGAGUUGUCAGCCUCUUUGACAUCCCAGCCAUCAUCUACAUCAACUCCCACCUGCCUGCAGAGCUACAGCACAAGUGGCAGCUUUUAUUUUCCUCCAGGCUCCACGGGGAGAGCUUUUCACAGUUGUGUGCCCAUAUAGUGAACAAAGGUCCWUGCAUAGUGAUCUUAAGGGACUUGGAUGGUUUCCUCUUUGGUGGGUUUGCAUCUCACUCCUGGGAGGUGAAGCCACAGUUCCAAGGUGACAACAGAUGCUUUCUGUUUUCUGUUUUCCCCACUCUGGCUGUGUACACAUACACAGGGUACAAUGACCACUACAUGUAUUUAAACCAUGGCCAACAGACUAUGCCAAAUGGACUUGGUAUGGGUGGCCAGCACGGGUACUUUGGGCUCUGGAUUGACAGUGACUAUGGGAAAGGCCACAGCAAAGCCAAACCUCGCUGCACCACCUACAACAGCCCCCAGCUGUCAGCCAAAGAGGAAUUUACUCUGGAUGCCAUGGAAGUUUGGGCAGUGGGAGAUGCUCCUGAGAAUGCAGGGAAAAAAGGUAAGAAGAGUAUCCUGGAUGUGGAUCCUCAGGCUCAGGCCUUGUUAGAAAUGGCUGGAAAGAGUCGUCAGAGCGAAGGGCUGCGGGAACCCAUUGAAGAGGAUGAAGAUGAUGAUGAAGAGARCUAAAGGAAUUACAGUAACACAAAAAAUCCUUUAUUUACUUCCAAGUGUUAAUGUUCUUGGAGAAGACAUUUUUUUCUUUUUUUUUCCCUUAAAUUUACCUCAUUGUCUGGGACAAAGCUUGUUACUUGUGUAAUGUUCAGGUUUAAUGCACUAUUCUGCCUGAAGGGUUUUGUUGGGGGAGUUCAGAAAAAUUAACUAGGGAUACAAUCAUUAGGCAUGGCUAAGCUCCAGCUGAAUGUGAAUUUGCUURCAUUCCCCAUAGAUUAUGUCUGCACACUAAAUUAAAAGCAGCAGAAGUUAUUGACAGUAUGGCUUUCUGUCUUGGAGAAUUGAUAUGUACAUAUUUAUAUAUUUAUAAAGCCUGUUCAAGGCACUGAUUAAAGCUCUUAUACCUCAAACUGUACAUAUUUAUUUGCAUGCCAUGAAAUUAGUCAGCAAAGCUUACAAACUGUAAUGAUGUCUUCCAUUGCUGAACAUACAAUAGUCCACAUGAUUCCAACUGAAGGGUGCUAUUAAUUUGCAUUGCUUCAGUUCAAACAUUUAUUUUCAAGUUUUCUAAGUAAUUUUCAGCAAAAGACUCCAUAUGAGUUUUAGGAUGUCCAGAAUARUUAUAGAAUAACAGAUUUUAUGCUACUACACUGCCCUUGAUGCAUCUCACUUCAUCUGUUUCUGCAGAAAUUUGUCUGUUGCUUUUUAAACUUAGAAUAGAAUCACUGAAGCCAUAUUUAUCCUAAAAAUGGACCAUCCCACCAGCAGGAAUUCUCUAGACAAGGUACAUUCUUUAGAAACCUCAUGAGACUGGAAUAAAAGAUCAGGCUGUAAAAAAAGUUAGUAAGAAGCAGCCACAUUUAAUUGAGAACAGGAUCUGCAUAUACCCUGUGAAAGAAGUAAAAAUCAGGUUUAUAUUUGUAAAAUGUUUAAAGAAGAUUGCUGUAAACUUUAUUUCCACAUAAUUAAUAAGUACUCUAUUAUGGAAAARUAUCCCCAGAAUGUGAAAUGCAGUUGUUGGGGUUUGUGCUCUCUUUUUUGACUGUCCACCAGUCAACACCAGUUUUGCCAGGUCUACUCAGGACUUUUUCUACUUGAAUUUGUUCACAUCUAUCAGUAAUUAUUAGUUUGACCUUGCUAAUUCUGUGUGUUAUUAACUUGUCAAUAAUAACCCUGGUUUCUUCCAGGGACUGUAAUUUCUAACUCAGCAAAAUGUGUUUGGUUAUCAGUGUCUCUGCUUAUCAGUCUUCCUCCUUCUGAGGAAAARGACUAUGUCCAAUCCCCUUUGUCCUGGCAUAAGUUUGUGCAGCUUAGAGAAAAAAUGUGUUGUAACAAUCUACAGAAUUCUACAAUUCCUGAUCUUGUGGCCUCCCUUCAAAUCCCUUCCCUUGCUGUUUUCUUGUAUGUGGUCUUUUUUUCCCCAACGUAUUGUUUUUGAUAGGGAGCCAGAUUUGAAUAUUCUUAACAACCUGCACUUGUGCCUUAAUGUAGAUCUCAUUUUUAAAAACUAAAUUAAAUGUGAAUUUAGCCUUGAAAGGAGAGCAUGAAAAAUUGCUCCAGCCAGACACCCUAGAACUGAGCUGUGUGUUUUGUGGAGUACCUGAAUUAAUACUUGGGCCACUUAUAUGCUAUUUGUUCCAGUACAGAGAGUGCUGUGAAAGGCCUGAAAUAAUGUCCUUUUAUCCUGUAUUUGCUUAAAGAUAAACACUYUAAAGAUCAAGUCUCCCAGGUUUGUACCACACAGAAAAAUAAUGUAAGCAUCAGAACAAUUGCACUGAUUCUUUUGUAGAAUUUUCUUCUCUAUAUAUGUUAAUAAUGUUAAAUUGUGCAUUGUAAGGAGUAGCAAGUACAUGAUGCUGUAAGAGUGGUGAUAGCAGCUUUUGUUGUAACAUUCUCCAACUCCCACCACGAGUCUCAGAGGUCUUUCUCACUUAACUCACUUAGCARUGACUAAGCCUAUUAAAUACUCCCAAGUGCUUGGCAUACAGGAUGAGACRGUUGAAUUUCUUCAGGGAAGCAUAAAAUAAACAGCUAGACUUUAUUUUUCUUCCAUUACAAGGCAGAGACUUGUUUUUGAGAACUGAAGCCAUCUGCAAGGGUUUAAAAAAAAAGGGAGCAGAUGCCUUUGCAGGCUGUAUUUGAGGAGGGGGAAUUGUACAAAGCUACUCUCCACCAAAAAUACUUCAGUGGCCAGGUUUUCUUUGAUUUAUAAUGAGCACCAGUAUAGCUUUCUAUUCAUAUUUUUUUUCUAGACUAUGAUUCCAAAAUGUAAUCCUKUUUAAACAUCUUGUGACUAUCAGCAUAGCAGCGUGACCUCUGAAAUUGUAGUUUUUUGACAAAUUUGUGUCUGAGACUCUUCAUUUUCACUUUGAAGGUGUUAAGCUGRGGCAAGAAGAAAAUUGACACUAUGGCACUUUAGCAAAUGUCUCAAUGAAGCAGUAUUUACUAGGGCACUACUGACCCAACCAGCAGAUGGGAUUAUUCUGAAUUGUUCUUUAAAUAUAAAAGAUGGGCUUGGGAGAGAGUCAACUAGUAUUUUCCUGAACCAAAUGAUUAGGAAAUCUGGGCUUCCUGCUCAUCCACCUACAAAUAUCCAGAAAGCUUUUGUCAGCAGUGGGUUUAGCUAUGAUCUGAACAGCUCAAUCACUUUUGUGCAGUUCUUGACCCAGCUGCAAAGCUCAACAUCCCUUCUCUGUUCCUGACUCAUCUUURUUCUCAGACUUUGUGAAAGUGAGUCUCUUUCCCAUUAAAUCCUUCUGCUGCUGUGCAUUGGGUCUGCUCAGCCUCCCCUUUUUCUCUUAGCCACACAGGUACAAAAAAUGACAGCUGAGGGUUGACACUUCAGCUCCCUGCUCUGUUUGACCUCUCCCCACUAUUUCCUUGAAAUCCUGCUCAAUYGAGGCUGGAGAUAGGGGAAUCCACAAACACUAUAAACUGGAGAAAAAUWAAUGCUUGAAGGCAGGUCUUUUCCAUUCUUCUAACG